AUGAACCCAUUCGCCUUUUUGCGCCGUGGCCACAAGAUCUCGAGCUCGUCACUUGGCCCUGUAAAGCUGUCACUGCGGAGGUGCCGUGACCACAGGGACGUCAUUCGUCAGCCCUUUCGCCACCGCGAGGCCAUUAUUCACAGGGACGGAGCGCACGAACCAGUGGCCGAACGCGCGAUGGCAAACUGGACGUGCGACCCGCAGGCAACGACGACCACCGCAACACUUACUGUCGUGACAUGUCCGCUGCUGUCACUACGAUCCUGUGUGGACAAGAAAAUCAACAUCCGCUGGCUACCAGAGAGCAGCCAGCGCAGCGACCUCUACGUCAAGGACGCGAAAAGUCGUCUCACGUCACGUAAACGCGUGGGUAGCGUGAUCGUAUCGCCCAGCCAACUUACAAAACGACAGCGAAUAUCGGCGACUCGUAACGACGUGUCGCAUUGUUGCGAAGCGCUCGAGAAGGAUGCAGAGAUAGCGACCACCUCUCCCCGAUCGUUGCAAUACGCGCUGCCAGGCUUGUCGAGUCAUGACACGCAGCACGUACUACAUGCAAUGCGAGCUAUACCCAGUGAGCUGCGUCACUUGAAUGGCAACGCCAGUCGGAGCCGUCUUCAAAGCCGCUGUGAGGUGCGACAAGUCCUUGGCUGGCGGCAUUUGCUUUGUCAGGAAGAUGACGAUGAGGAGACAGCCCGCCGAGUUGUCUGGAAAAGCGCCAAGGCUCUGAACGCUGUGAAAAUGCGACCAUUGGCUCGCCAGAUCUGGAAUACGAGCACAACGAAAUUCGCUGGUGUCAAGAAGGACGAAGAACAGGGAAAAGUGUUGUACACUAUCAACCACAGAGCCCGUGUCACGUACUCAAUGAAACGGCGAUAUGGUCAACUUAGCCCCGCUCUUGACCAGGUCUGGAUCGAGUGCUUCCUCGACGACGGACUGCAGAUCUGCGUGGCUCGCAAAGAGCUUCGACAAUUCGGCGAGUACCACGCGCCACAACUGUCGGUCACUGAAUGCCAAGGAUACUUGGUGCGACCAAUCUAUACGAGGUCCGUCAAUGCUCAUUUAGUGGGUUGCUCACUGCAAUGCCUCAGAGCGGUGGCUGCUCGUGAUGGCGGCGUUCGGUCUGUCCCAGCGCUAAAGCAGCGAAUGAUCAACGACCUCCCGAUGCUCACGAAGCGAUGCGAACAAGACUACCUAUGUGACCUCGUGCAGCGUCGUAAGUGCUCCUGA